UUGGAUUCGUGCGAGAUCCCGCUAACGGUGUUGGAGCAUCUGGAAGACGCCAACUCGAACUGCGACGUGCUGCAAGAGCCCGGCUUCAUAGAGCAAUUCAGCAAGCACGUGGAGGACCACCUCCAGUCGACAGACCUGGUGGACCCGUUUACGGAGUUCAUGACCCCGGCCAUCAGCCGCGGCGAGACGAAGAACUACAUCAACCUCUCCAACUCCUGCUCGAAAGCCAAAGGGAGAGCCGCCGUGCCGGUGCCGAGCCAGAACCACAACCACAACGGGACCCAGAACCACAACGAGAACCACAACCACUUGAAUGGCUACGCGGUGCCCUCGGCGGGAGCCACAGGGGCGACGCCGACCCCGACUCCAGCCGACUCUUACUACUUACCUACCUCACUGAACAUCCCUCUGGCGGCGACAGCCACUGGAGCCACCGCCCCGACGAGCGGCUCCGACGGCGAAGAGUGCAACUCGGCCGACACGUGGGCCUUCUCCUCGGCCACGAACAAAGUCUCUUCCUCGCCCUCCUCGUGGUGCUCCACCCUCUCGACCUCCCCCUCGCGUCACUCGGCCGCCUACCCCUCCCCCUCGUGGGGCUCCACCGCCGACCCCUCCCCCUCCCCCUGCGAGCCCGUCUCCUCGCCGCCCCUCAACAUCUUCUCCUCCUUCACCACCUCCACCUCCUCCUACAUCGAGAACCCCUCCAUCCUCAACUCCCCCCACUCCUCCUCCUCUAGUCCGCCCACGUCCAUCCUCUCGCCCCGCCCCCGCUCGGCCAUCCUCCCCCCGCAGAUGAACGGCGACUAC